UUAUAAUUAUACUAUCAGGCACUUUGCUCUACCUGAUUUCCCUUGAAAUUAAUCACCUACCCCUCUUUAGGUAAAACUGAUUUUUUUCCUUCUAUUUUAUUCAUUGUGAAGAUGGCCUUCCUCUCCUUUCCUCUUUUAACGCCCUACUUUCCACACAGACACUUGAAAACUGCCUUUUUAGUCAAAACAUUUUAGAGAGAUAUAAAAUCUUCAGUAAGAAGAAAAAUUUUCUAGGUAGAAUUGGGCUAAACAAUUACUAGGUAGAAUUAGGCUAAGCCAAGUGCCUGCAGGCCAACACCUGCCUCUUUUUCUAGUACGCACAAAGGUACUAUAAGUGCUGGCGGUGGCUGUGCUUGAUAUUAAAGUUAAUGAAUUAGGCUGGAGAUGGGUAAAAUUUGCAGUUAGAGUGAUCACUGAAGCACUUCCUUAUUUUUUUUGUUUUCUUUCUGAAAACGUCUAGGGUUCUAUGCAGGAAAAAUUUUGAAUAUCAGCUCUGAUUUUCCACUUCUGUUGGACUGACAGAAGUUUGCAUUAUUUUACAUUCUAUCCUGAGAACUGAAUAUUGCUGUGCUUCAAAUUUAAUCUGUUUAUGUCAAAUCUGUAAGAGAUUUUUCUACAGAAUCAAUGUCUUUGGUUCCAGCAACAAAUUAUAUAUAUACACCCCUGAAUCAACUUAAGGGUGGUACAAUUGUCAAUGUCUACGGUGUUGUGAAGUUCUUUAAGCCUCCAUAUCUAAGCAAAGGAACUGAUUAUUGCUCAGUUGUAACAAUUGUGGACCAGACAAAUGUAAAAUUAACUUGCCUGCUCUUUAGUGGAAACUAUGAAGCCCUUCCAAUAAUUUAUAAAAAUGGAGAUAUUGUGCGCUUUCACAGGCUGAAGAUUCAAGUAUAUAAAAAGGAGACUCAGGGUAUCACCAGCUCUGGCUUUGCAUCUUUGACGUUUGAGGGAACUUUGGGAGCCCCUAUCAUACCUCGCACUUCAAGCAAGUAUUUUAACUUCACUACUGAGGACCACAAAAUGGUAGAAACCUUACGUGUUUGGGCAUCUACUCAUAUGUCACCAUCUUGGACAUUACUAAAAUUGUGUGAUGUGCAGCCAAUGCAGUAUUUUGACCUGACUUGUCAGCUCUUGGGCAAAGCAGAAGUGGACGGAGCAUCAUUUCUUCUAAAGGUAUGGGAUGGCACCAGGACGCCAUUUCCAUCUUGGAGAGUCUUAAUACAAGACCUUGUUCUUGAAGGUGAUUUAAGUCACAUCCAUCGGCUACAAAAUCUGACAAUAGACAUUUUAGUCUACGAUAACCAUGUUCAUGUGGCAAGAUCUCUGAAGGUUGGAAGCUUUCUUAGAAUCUAUAGCCUUCAUACCAAACUUCAAUCAAUGAAUUCAGAGAAUCAGACAAUGUUAAGUUUAGAGUUUCAUCUUCAUGGAGGUACCAGUUAUGGUCGGGGAAUCAGAGUCUUGCCAGAAAGUAACUCUGAUGUGGAUCAACUGAAAAAGGAUUUAGAAUCUGCAAAUUUGACAGCCAAUCAGCAUUCAGAUGUUAUCUGUCAAUCAGAACCUGAUGACAGCUUUCCAAGCUCUGGAUCAGUAUCAUUGUACGAGGUAGAAAGAUGUCAACAGCUAUCUGCUACAAUACUUACAGAUCAUCAAUAUUUGGAGAGGACUCCACUGUGUGCCAUUUUGAAACAAAAAGCUCCUCAACAAUAUCGCAUCCGAGCAAAAUUGAGGUCAUAUAAGCCCAGAAGACUAUUUCAGUCUGUUAAACUUCAUUGCCCUAAAUGUCAUUUACUGCAAGAAGUUCCACGUGAGGGUGAUUUGGAUAUAAUUUUGCAGGAUGGUGCAACGAAAACUCCAGAUGUCAAGCUUCAAAAUACAGCAUUAUAUGAUUCAAAAAUCUGGACCACUAAAAAUCAAAAAGGACGAAAAGUAGCAGUUCAUUUUGUGAAAAAUAAUGGUAUUCUCCCACUUUCAAAUGAAUGUCUACUUUUGAUAGAAGGAGGUACACUCAGUGAAAUUUGCAAACUCUCAAACAAGUUUAAUAGUGUAAUUCCUGUGAGAUCUGGCCAUGAAGACCUGGAACUUUUGGACCUUUCAGCACCAUUUCUUAUACAAGGAACAAUACAUCACUAUGGAUGUAAGCAGUGUUCUAGUUUGAAAUCCAUACAAAAUCUAAAUUCGUUGGUCGAUAAAACAUCGUGGAUUCCUUCUUCUGUGGCAGAAGUACUGGGUAUUGUACCCCUCCAAUAUGUGUUUGUUAUGACAUUUACACUUGAUGAUGGAACAGGAGUACUAGAAGCCUAUCUCAUGGAUUCUGACAAAUUCUUCCAGAUCCCAGCAUCAGAAGUUCUAAUGGAUGAUGACCUUCAGAAAAGUAUGGAUAUAAUCAUGGAUAUGUUUUGUCCUCCAGGAAUAAAAAUUGAUGCAUAUCCGUGGUUGGAAUGCUUCAUCAAGUCAUACAAUGUCACAAAUGGAACGGACAAUCAAAUUUGCUAUCAGAUUUUUGACACCACAGUUGCAGAAGAUGUAAUCUAAUAUUGCCAUCCAAUUUAGCAUACAUAAAAUGUUGCCACUCACCAUCCCUGUUUGAGCUUCUUUUCCUGCCCUGAGUUUUGUAUCAGCAAUGUUGAUGAUUUUAGCAUGGGUAUGGGAUUAGAAAAUGUCCUUUCUUUAAAUCUCUUGGCUUUUACUGGGUACAAGGUAAAUAAUGGCUAUAGAUUUUAUUUUGCUUUCUGUUUUGCUUUUGCACAAACAGACCUGCUUUAACAAGUACUGCUGAGAUAAGUGUUUGUCUGAUCAAGCUACAGUGUACUUUAAGUAGAAAUGGCAAAGUUGCUUUGUUAGGGUGCCGAUACUGAUGAUUUUAGGAUAAAUUCACUUCUUUAAACAUGUAAUACAUGGUUUGAUUGCUUGUUUCUCUCCAGGAUAGUAGAGAUUUCUCUAUUUCACCUCAACCUAAUAAAGUGGUCAGAUUUAUAAUGUUAGUGAUUUAAUAUGAUCCUUUUCUAAUAGUCUCCUGUAAAAUAUGCCAGUAUUACAACUUACAACUGAUUGAAUGAGAUGUUAACUUAGUAAAAUAAUUUGAUUUUUACCUGACAGUGUUUGUCAAAGUUAAAAUCAUGAAUGUUCAAUUUUAUACAAACAUUUAAUAUAUGUUUAGAUUUGUAUAUGUUAUUUGCCAAAGACAGAAAUAAAUUACCUGGUUUAAUAUUAGUGAAGAAUAAAUAAGUGCACACAUUUCAACUGUUUCAUUUAUUUGCCCUAAGUUGAGCCAAAAAAUGAUAUGAGGCAAAGAAUCAAAGCAGGUGUGGCAAUACAGCAGAUGUUUAGGGCUGUCUACAUCCCAGGUACUGUGCUAAGCACUAAACAUGUAUUUGAUCCUCACAGCAACCCAUUUUUCCGAUAAGAAAUCUGAGGCUUGAUUGAUAAGCUAGGUUCACACAGUUUUUAAAUGCUAGAGUCUGUGCCUUAAUUCACAUAAUCUCUAUUCAGAGCCUGUACUCUUAACCACUCAGGGAUUCUGGAACAGAAGCUAACAGUUUUCUGCAAUGAGUCUUUGACUUAAAUAUCUGAAAUAACAUUGGAAAUAGAUUAUAAGAGGAAUCAAUGUGUUUUUCUAUACUUUCAAAAUACUUUUAACAUCUUACUGUCAAAAAACGAUUGGAUAACUGAUUUUCUUUGCUCAUAAUAACUCUAAAUUCUAGUUCCUGAGUAUAUUAACACAUCUGUAUACCUAACUACCAAUGUCCCCCAUCAUCGACUAAUCAGUUUGUUUGAGACAAUGAGAAAGACUGAUUUUAUUUUCAGGAAUAUAGACUCUUGGUUCAAAACAUUUUCAGGAAAAAUAUUUUAAAACCCUACAGUUGAACAGGUGUGUUUCUGUGUUGAUGAUGUGCUCAGGAUACAAAGGUGAGAUAAACAUUUUUUCUGCCUUCAGGAAGCACUCAGUCUAGAAGAGUAGAGGUCCAAAGGUGCCAUAGGUUCACACUGUGAGCCUGCAAGAUCUCCACGUUAACAAAGGAAAACUCUUCCUAUGAAUCUUCGUGAUGAUAGGCCAUGUCUCUUUUUAUUUUUGUUUUAAAUAAAAAUCCAGAUUAUCAUGAUUUCUUUUGGUUUAUUGUGGGGUUUUGUCCUUGUCUUUUUAAAAAACUUUUCAGUUUUUAGCAAGAAUUAUUCCAUCAACACCUAGUGUUUAUCUAGAGUGAUGUAUGCACUCUGUGCUAAUCAGGAACCCAGAGUUAGGAGAAUUUUUAUUUCUGGAGCAACAACUAAAUGGUAGUUUAGUGUGCCCCAAUUUGAUUCCUGCCCCUUUCUGUAAACACUGAUAGAAUCUUCCUGUCAGAUUUUAAAUUACACAAAUUUAAGAAAGAGGUUCAUGUACAGACUCAAUCUCAAUUUCCACUUUCUGCAGCGUCCAUUUUUUAAGACACUACUGGAUUGACUCAUACUGUCCAUGUAUUGUUCUUAGAAUGCAUGUCUUAGAAAAAUCUGAAACAGUACAUUAUUCUUUAUCUAGAUGUAGCAAUGAGAAACACACUACUUAGAGACUUCUUCUGUGGCAACCUUCAAUUAUACUGCUGUAUUUGAGGGAACCAUACAUGCCAACAUACAAUGUAUCAUUCCUCAUUUCUUUUUACCCCUGCUCAUGCUUUAAGUCGGGAAUUGUUUCUAAAUGAUUAUAGAAAGACGGAUGUUGAUGGACUAGAAGAAGCUGACGGUAGUAUACUCUGUCUACUUAAAAAAGCCAUCUUCACCCGUUAGGGUACUGGCUGCCCAGAUUUCAAAUUGGUGUAAAUCCUGUGCCUUAGCUACUUGGAGGUAACAGAAAAGGGCCAAAAUAUUUUCCCUGCCCACUUCCCAGCUGACUAUGCAGUCCUGUUUUAGAUAAUAAAACACGAAUUUUUCACUACGUGUGACUCUGAAUCCAGACAGUUUUCUUCUAUACUUUCUAGAAGCUUUCCUUGGGAUCUGGAAAGGCUAAACUCAUUUGAUUAUUUUCAAUGUUGUUUUAAAUUUGACUUUAUAUUUCAUCAAGUUUUGUUUUUAUCUAGACUUUUUUUAUUAAUAAAAUUAAGGAUUUAAAACAAAUGUAGGGUCUAUAAACUUGAACUAGUUCCUGCUCCAAUUAGUACCCAGGAAGAAACCACUUUUAACAAUAUGGUGUAUAAUUGUUAAGAUUGUUCUUUCUAAGAACAUGUGAGCAUGCCUAUGUGUGUGUGUAUAUACACACAAAUAUAUAUGUUAGCGUCAUGCUAAAUAGUACUGCAACUUUCUUUUUUCAUAUAGAGAACUGUAUUUUUGCAUGUUGAUACACAUACAGGGAGAAACUUAUUGCUUAUAAUUACUCAGCAUAAGUAACUUUCAAUGUGUAAUUCUCUGAUAAUUUUAAUUUCUAUUUCUGUUGUGGUUUUUUGUGUAAGUAUUCUAUUUUUUAUUGUGCCAGUUUGGGAUUUUAUAUGUUUACAAAAAUGUAUUCUUGUUAUCUGCUUUAUUACCACAUAUUACCACAUAGUUAUUAAUGAUAAUGUGUUUUACUUAUUAUUUUACUUUGUAUUUUGUCUGGUGUUAUUUCCCCUUUAAAUGCAUCUGGAAGCUCAGAGACCUAGUUUCACUAUGUCCUCUGGAGGUUUUUAGGUGGUAAGAAUUUUGGAGACCUAUACAGACUUCGAAUACAGGAUUAGGACUCUGCCAUGACAUAGUUGCUUUAAAUUAUUAUUUCAUGCUUUGAAGAAUUUAUUGUGAAACGAAUG